CUCGGCCCCUUCACCAUGUGCCACAUUCCCACUGUGCUCCAGGCCCUGGAUACCUGGGUACACCAGACACCUCCCCUGCCCUCCAGAAGCUCAGCCUUGAGGGUCUCCUCAGACCAGAUCGAACAGCUCCACCGGAGGUUUAAGCAGCUGAGUGGAGACCAGCCCACCAUUCGCAAGGAGAACUUCAACAACGUUCCUGACCUGGAGCUCAACCCGAUCCGAUCCAAAAUCGUCCGUGCCUUCUUCGACAACAGGAACCUGCGCAAGGGGUCCAGCGGCCUGGCCGAUGAGAUCAACUUCGAGGACUUCCUGACCAUUAUGUCCUACUUCCGGCCCAUCGACAUCGCCAUGGACGAGGAGCAGGUGCAGCUCUGCCGGAAAGAGAAGCUGCGAUUUCUGUUCCACAUGUACGACUCGGACAGCGAUGGCCGCAUCACCCUGGAAGAGUACCGAAAUGUGGUGGAGGAGCUGCUCUCGGGAAACCCCCACAUCGAGAAGGAGUCAGCGCGCUCCAUCGCCGACGGGGCCAUGAUGGAGGCAGCCAGCGUCUGCGUGGGCCAGAUGGAACCUGAUCAGGUGUAUGAGGGGAUCACCUUCGAUGACUUCCUGAAGAUCUGGCAGGGGAUAGACAUCGAGACCAAGAUGCACGUCCGCUUCCUUAACAUGGAAACCAUCGCCCUGUGCCACUGAGCGCCCCGCCCCAUGGAGAACCCGCACGGGGACCGGGGCUGUGGGGCUCGCGGGGCCCCUCUGCUCCAGCUCUUGUAAAUAGUCAACACUCCUCACUCCUCGUUUUCUCACAGGGUACGGUAUGUGGGACUUUGCUGUUUUUAUCUCUAAUAAAAAAGAAAAGGGUUUGUUACAGAAUGUGGCUCCUGUCUGUUCCUCACGUCUGUGCACGAGGCCUGGCCCUCUGGGGGCCCGAGGCUGACGAGGAGCAAGCAGUGGCUGGUUGGUUUUCAAAGGCUGAUUUGAAAGGGGAUUUUUUCCCCCCUUCCUUUCUGGUUUAUUUUGGGUGAAACGUUUGCUGUUUUUCCUGCGUAAGUGCUGGGAAUUUAUCUGCCUUCUCAACCCUAGGUAGUAAAUUAGAAAGAGCCGCUCCUCGCCCUGUGGGGGCCGGGACUUGGGUGGUGGGGCUCCCUCAGUGGCAUGACCAGAUAUUCAGACCCAAGGAGAAGACGCGUGGAGCCCUGAGCCUGGGCCAGGUGCCUGCGGAGACCGCCCAGCUCGCCCCACAGUGCCGGGGAUGCCGGCGGUCAAGGCCUGGCGCACUGGCUCCCGACGAUCAGGCUGGGUGUGCCCUGUGGCCCUUGAUCAGGACGGGACCGGCUGCACAGCCCCACGCUCUGCAGCCCGCAAUGAGGUGGCAGCGGGAAGGUAGCGGCCCCAGGUAAGCAUCUCCCACAGCUCCUUCUGAUGUCGGGGGAGGAGAGCAAAGGUCGUUCAUCUCGGUUGGUGGCCGCAGCCCGUGAGUUGGCAGCGGGCUGGCAUUCAGCAGUGCCCAGGCGACCUGCUGACUCAGGGCAGCGCUGCCAUCACCACGACGGCUGGUCACCGCUGAUGUUCCAGGCCUCCUCCUGGUAGCUCCUUUCACCGACUCGCUGGGAGGCGAGUUCCUGGCCUUCCAAGGCUCCCUGAUAAUUGGCUACUUGCUAUUAACCAAGUUGCAUUCUUGAAUUUUUAAUUCACGGGUUUGCUAUUAAGUGUGCUUUAUCCAUCUUAUACCCACAUGCUGGGGUUCAGAAUGUAAAAGGCACACCCUGGAGCCUCCAUCCUAGUCCGGGCCCCCUUCCUCCGGCACCCCCAGAGCUGCGUCCUGCACACACAGGCAGAUUUGUUGUUUAGGAUGAGGUUGAUGUCUGUAUUUAAAUUAAAAGCAAAAAUAGAGCAGUGAGGAGAGUUAAGGGAAGUGUGAGCACAUAGCCCAGAGGACAGUGUGGAAGAGCAGACGUCCCGAGGGCGGCAGUCAGUGAGAGCUGACCCUGACACGGGCACCCUGUCCCUAGGGCACAUGGCAGGACUGGACCAGCCUCCCACCCCAGCUCAGCCUGAGGAAGGCUGGCCUCCAGGGACCUGAUGCGCAGAUGGGCUGUGAGAGGCAGUGCGGCCCCACCUCUGGGGUACGUUGAGGUGGAGGUCAGACAGCGGAGGAGCUUCAGAAGGAAAGCUGGCGAUACGUCGGCGAAGAACUCAGAGCUUGUGAAUAAGCUCCCGCAAAACAGCCGAGGGGGACAGAGGUAAGGUGGGAUGAGCAGAAGGGGGUGGACAUGAGCCACUGGUGAAAACUGGCUCAUAAGGAACCUUGCUCCUCUCCCCGUCAGGGCGAUUUCUUCCAGGAGGUAAGGUUUACAGUAGAAAACGCUGACUCAGCUUGGCGUGUUUGGAGAUGAUAGUUCGGGUCCAGUGAACUUUUCCUUCACAUAACCCAGCUGGCUUUCAUGAAUGGGUGAUGUGAUAAAACAGACUGGGAAGAAAAACCCAGCGCUUAUAACAUCUUACACUGGACCAGCAGUUGGCAGGGAAUAAAAAUAGUUUAAAGCUCUUUUUACUUUCAGUAAACUUUUCUGAUCUAAUUUCUUUUGAAUUCUUCCCUUAUCCGUCAUUCCUGCAAAGCUAGGGAGGCAGAAUGUACCUGUAAAAUCAGACUGGCAGGGGCUGCUGCUUAUAAGAAAAAAAAUAUACUUGACCCAGUGGUCCAGCUGCAUUAAGAACAAGCGAGGUCGCUCGGGGGUCAGAGCUCCACACGGCAGGGAGCGUAAAUAAAAUACAGCCUUCCCUUGCUAACUGCAGCCUGGCUGUGUUUAUGAAGUAAUUGGGUUUUUCUGAAAGGAAGCAGAGAACUGUCCUGACAAAGCUGCCUCCCAGGAAAGCAGCCUGAAGGAAAGCAGCCCCUCUGGACUGAGAGGUGAUGGUUCCCAGUCGCGGCUCUUUACUUGGCUUUGUCGUCCUGUCCAGUUGGGUGGCUGUGGAUUUUCCAAGACUGAGUGUCUUAAACAGCCUGAAAAACCUUUCAGAACCUUCACGACUCCAAAGUUCUAGGUCUCUGAGUCAUAGUGCAUUUCCCAGCCUUAUCUGCUCAUGGACAGUACAAAAGCUUCAUUUUCUUGGAUUAGUGUGGGCACGCCGUCUCCACACUGAAAAUACUUGUUCUGUGUCCCUACUUCUGUUUCUGACAGACCCUUUUGCCUCCCCACCCCUUUAUCAAGAGUUGUAUAUUUUGUCUUAGGAAAAAAAGCCCAAAGCAGUUUUUUGUUAUCUGGGUCUCUAUUUCAUUAAUGUGUGUUUUUAAUCCUUUUUAACUCCUUUCUUCUACUUUGGGAUCACUGUUACCUUUAAGCUUUCUGAGGUGACAGCUCAGUUCCCUGACUUUUGGUCUUAUUUUCCAGCAUGAAAUCCAGGAGCACCUUUUGUUUUUAUUCAGCUGUUUGAUUUCUAAUUGUACUGAAUUGGGCGUGUCGGGAACUACUCUUCGUGGCCUUCACACAUGGUCAUUCUUUGUCCAUGGUCUAUGGGUAUUUGACAAGGUACAAAAUUCUAUCUACAAUCUACUAGGUCAAGCUUGUAAAUUAAGUAAAUCUUCCGAAUCCUUAAAUAUUUUGACUGAUGUGAUCUGAUCACCCACCAUGAGCAUGGAUUGUUGCUUCCCUUUGUAGUUCUAUCAGGGUUUUUGCUUUGAUAUUUUGAACGGAUAUUAGCUGCUGCUGAGAACACUCUGAAUUAAGAGUAACACCCUUUGGAAAUGGAAGCUGUUUAUCAAACUGAGUUUGUGACAGGCGCUGCCCUUAGUGGCUUCACACCCUGCUUCCUUGGAUGUCUCUUCCUCUUCUCACUCAUUCUCUCCUCCAGAACCAAUCAAUCAUCUUCCAUCCCACAUCAAGGAUGGUGGUUUAUUCAAUGAAUAAUGUAGAAAAUGCCUACUUCAUAGCACAUGUUGUAGACACAAAAGUAAGCAGAAGUUAUUAAUGAAACAAUUGUAUAAAUAUAUAAUUAUAAACCGUGGUAAAAGCUAUGAGGAGAAAGUACCGCUCUCCCAGGUUCACGUCAGGGGUGGUGUCAGAGAAGACGAUCCAGAGUGAACAGCUACCUCGAAUCCAAGGGCCAGGUGAGUGCUGUAGCCUUCUGGCUCAGAGACCAGCAUAUCUAAAGGCCUCCAAAGCAGAAAGGGUUAGGGCCAGCGGGCUGGGGCAGAAGGGCCUCAUCUGAGCUGUAGCAGGGGCCUGUGUAGUGUACAGAACCAUGGGGUUGGGCCGGGGUGACACUCCGGGGAUGGGGAGAGGAGGGAAGAAUAAGUGGGCAUCAUCAGUGUACGGAACUGAGAGACAGGGACAGUAACUGGCCAGGGACACACGUGGGCAGCUGAGGGCUGUGUGCUCACACACGUGCGCCCAGGGGCUGCUUUCAUCCCCCAGCACUUAAAUCCAGUGCGGUGCUCCCCUGUAGUUCUAAAACUCACAGAAUUGGUUCUUCCCACGUUUCCCCCUGCUCCCAAACGAGGCGACACCCUAAAUACUGUCAUAGGGAAAAGCAAGGGCAAGGUCAUAGUUGCAGCCCGCCGUGGUGUCACAGGACGAACGGCAGAUGGGAACGGUGCUCUGGAAGGCCAGCUGGUCCACUGCAAACUCAUAGGCCUGGAUCAGCCCCCGGUGUCUAGAGAAAGCAGAGGUGGUGAUGGGGUCAGUCCUGGGUUCCUGGCCCUCACCUCCCAUAGCUUGUCUUUGCAGCCAGCAUUUGCUUGAGACAGGACAGCAAAUCACUAACAAACAUCUUCUGGCCCACAGUGUAUCGACACUCCAGAGCCCAGGACUAGAGAGAAGCACGGCACGUUGGCUGUGAUGAGGCUGUGGCUGUUGAAGGAGAUGUGCCGCACGGGGUGCCUGGAACACAUGGGAGAGGAGGCUUGUCAUGCUUCUGGUUCAUCCGGUAAUCCCACACGGAGACCAGGCCUUCCUCGCCUCCGCUGACGAUUUUCCAGUCGUCCAUCUGGACAGCAGAGACUCCGAGUUGGUGGGCAGAGAUGGACAGGGCGAUCGUGUCAGUGCGGAGGUCAUGGAGCCUCACCCUGGAGGGCCCAAGGGGGGACACCUGCCCUGAGCGCAGGCCACGGAGAGGGAAGCUGAGCCUUGCCUAGCAUCAUGCCUCCAUGGGGGUGCUGGCCCGAGAAGCCUGGGCCGAGGAAAAAGAUUCAGAGUGAACUACCUGUGGACACACUGAAAGAAAGUGAUGGAGCAAAAUAUCAGAAGGCCCGUGAGGAGCCAACACACAGGAGGGAGUGAUGUAUAAAACAAACGCAGAACAGAGCAGACAGCUCAGAAAGACCCAACGUGUCAGCCUGGUGGACAAACGCACGCAGGAUAAAUCCCCCCCUCCUAACAGGAAGAGCUUCAAAUGGGCCCCACGGCAACACUCAGUACAUGCUACACGUGAAAGGCACACUUGCAUGUGACAAGGACGAGGGGUGACAAUUUUAAUACCUGAAAAGGUAGAUUUCAGAGGAAAAAACAUUAGAAGAGAGUGCUUCAUUACAAUUUACUAAUAUGUUUGGUAAAACUUGCCAGGAAAAUAUUAAAAAAAAAAA